UGUCCACACAUAGAAACCACUACGCAAAUAGCAGAACAAUCUGCGCGAUUUGUAUGGCACAUCGCAUCAUCGUUGGAUUAACUAAAUAAACAGCCGUGGAGGCAUCACUUGUCUGUUGGCCGUCCGAAGACGUGGUUCGGUAAACAACCGUUCCCAAUCGAAAUCCAUACCUAAAAGUGGUGACAAGAAAACGGACACCUUCGUGGAUUACAUGGUAUUAAGUGCGCGGAAAACGGAACGAAAAUUGUAAUACCCGAUUGUUUUUAUCCUUGACAUAGUACAACUCAAGCUCAGUCACCACUAAUUGAAUUUGAAACGUGAUAAACUGCAGUGGAUUACAAUUGUCCGAUUCGUCGUUGUUAGUGUACUCCAAAAUGGUUCAAGCCAUCAAUCGCGUUCGAACAAAACGGUAACCGCGAGCUGUGGAAAAAGUGAAUCAUGAAAUUGCUACUGAAAAUCCACAACAAGGAACGGCAUCACUCGAAUUUGCAGCGCAAACGUAAAUACUGUCACCGACGAGGAUCCAAAUCAUCAACGUCUAGUUCUGGUGAUUGCUCACCGCCCACUGCAACCUCCGCUAGGAAUUCCCCCUUUUCGACGGCAGCAUCCACAACAGCGGCAACCAGCUGCGCUACUGCUAGAUCCGGUCGUAACAACCAAAACCGUAAAUUACCUUCACCGGAGCAAUCAACCGUCCUUCGACAGGAGCGAUAUUUUCUGUAUGGAGCGCUCAUCCUGCUCACUAUCAUAGCAUUCUCCACAGCGCUUUAUUUCAUAAUACAACAAACCCAAAAAAGCAAUCUUUCUAGUCAGCCCGAGAUUCUUUUUGGAAAUAGCUAUGCCUCGGGAACUAUUCCGAACCUUGGUAACGGUCAUCUAGUCAUCGAUCGUCAAAACUGGGGCGCCCAGCCAGAGGUCCACGGUCGUUACCCACUAUCACCACCAAUUCCGUAUGUGCUUAUCACGCACAUUGGUGUACAAUCCGCGCCUUGCCUCGAUAUGUACAGAUGCUCAAUCAAAAUGCGAACAAUUCAGGAUGCAGCCGUAGCCGAAAUUGGUUUACCGGACAUUUCCAACAAUUUCUACCUCGGUGGUGAUGGUUUUGUUUACGUCGGCAGAGGAUGGGAUAUAGCAAACGCCUACGCCAACCGCACACUAGCCAUUUGCUUCAUGGGAGACUACAUUAGAUACGAACCAAAUGAAAAGCAGUACUCUGCACUGCAACACCUUCUUGCCCAUGGUGUCGCGGAAGAUUAUCUGGCGAAAGAUUACAAACUGGUGGCACACAAUCAAACCAAAAACACCAAGAGCCCUGGACCAUAUAUCUACGAUCGGAUAUCAAAAAUGCCCCGAUGGGUUCCGUGUGGCUUGGAAGGAUACAGCAAGUGUGGCGAGGAAAUUGGACUGCCUUUAGUGUGGGAUCAAGAUUUUCCGAAGAAAAAGAAAGCCACAUAAUCAAUAAUAAAAUGCAAUGGUUUGGAAUAAAUAUCGACACACAAGUCUGUUAUGCUACAGUCAUUAUUCACAUGUAAAUAGGUAUCACAUCAAUGUAUUGUAUAUGCUAUAGAGGUUAAGUUUAUGAUAUAUGAGAGAUCCUAGAAACUUUUAAUUGUUACUGUUUUGUUACUGUUUUAAGCAACAUUUUGUAUGAAAUUGAAUGUACCGUUCAUCUUUUAAUAAAAUUUUCUUUCAUUAUUGGGUA